AUGAAGUACAACGUGGAGGACUUCUACUCGGACGAGGGGAGGUGGCAGGCCCUCGCGAGGAACAAGUACUUCGAGAGCGUCAUGCUGGGCAUCAUAGGGUUAAACUCGAUCUGGAUUUGGGUAGACACGGACUACAAUGAUGCGGAGACGCUUGUAGACGCCCACUGGGCGUUCCAGGUCGGCGAGAAUAUGUUUUGCUUGUGCUUCUCUUUCGAAUGGUUGGUUCGGUUCAUGGCUUUCAAGCGUAAGCUUAAUUCGCUGAAGGACUCCUGGUUCGUUUUUGAUUCGCUGCUGGUCCUCAUGAUGGUCGUCGAAACCUGGAUCGUCACAGCCUACCUGGCGCUGUCCAGGGGGCCGUCGGACUCCAAGCUAGGCGCCGCUUCGAUUCUGCGCCUCUUCCGCUUGCUGCGCCUCACACGGAUGGUCCGGAUGCUGAGGAGUUUCACCGAAUUGAUGAUCCUUGUAAAAGGCAUGUUGUCGGCAAUGCGCUCCGUCACCACUGUAAUACUGUUGCUAUUCAUCGUGAUGUACGUGUUUGGGAUCGCUAUGACACAGCUCGCUGCUGGAUCUGGUUCGGAGGAGAAGUAUUUUUCCAAUGUCGGGCACUCCAUGUACACACUCCUUGUGUACGGAGUUUUCCUCGACAGUAUUGCAAGAUUGUGCAACGACGUGCGCAAGGAUGGUGACUUCUACAGCGGCACUCUUGUGUGUCUGUUAUUCUCAUUCAUCUUGAUCGCUACGUUGACCGUGCUCAAUAUGUUGAUCGGCGUUCUCUGCGAAGUGGUCAGCCGCGUAGCAGAAAAGGAGAGGAACGACAUCGAGGUGGCGUCGGUGACGCAGAAGCUGAGGGAGGCAGUCGAGCUAAUCGACGAGGAUGGUAACAUGCGCAUCUCCCAGACGGAGUUCGCCCAGCUCUUGAGCAACCGCGGAGCCGUCAUGGCGCUGAAGGCAGCAGAGGUGGAUCCCGAGGAACUCGUGGACAACAUGGCGUACAUCUUUGCCAAGGCCGAGGCGCUGGAUGGCGAGUACGAGCCGGCGCUGCACUUCCAGGACUUCAUGGAGGUGCUGCUGGAGCUGCGCGGCACCAACAUCGCAAAGGUGAGGGACGUCAUCAAGUUUCAGAAGAGCAUCGCCGCCCAGUUCCAGCAGGCCAAGCUGUCCCUCCUGCCGUCGACGAAGAUGCGCGCGCACUGGAAGAACCUCGCCGCGGUGAGGAGAGGCUCCGUGGUCCCGGAAAGCUGCAAGAGCGGCAUAGUGAGCAAGGUGGACAGCGGCGAGUCUCGCGUGUCCCACGCAGAGAGCAACACCGAGGACCUGCCCCGGGCGCCGCCUGCCGCGGCGCACGCGCCCGCGCCGGCGCCAGCCGGCGACGCCUCCGCCCUGCGGGAGGCCGCCGACGGAUCCGCCUCGUGGCCGGUGGAGCGGCGCCGCCAGCCGAGCGCGGUGGAGCGCGGGGCGGCCCUCGUGGCGGGCUCGCGGCGCCCCUCGGCGCUGGCGUGGGAGGUGGCGGCCGACGGCGCCGCGGCGGCGUCGGCGGCGGCCUGCGGCGACGCCGUGCGGACGCUGGCGCGGCGCGCCCCGCGCGCGCCGGGCGGCCUGCGCCAGCUGCAGGAGCGCACGGCCCGGCUGGAGGGCAUGCUGGACCAGAUCGUCCGGGAGGUGCAGCUCGUGAGCGCCCGCGCGGAGGCGCAGCAGCGGGCGCGGCCGCGCGACCUGGUGCGCGUGCCCGACUCCACGGGCGGCAUCGACUGGCCGCAGGGCUGGCCCCCAGCACGGGUGGCCUCGACGCGUGACGAGCAACACCUGACGGUCAAGAGCCAGAUGCUGCGCGAGACUGACCCCGCGAUGUCGGCCGAGUGCCUCGGCAUGGACAAGGUCACCAGCGUCACGCAAACGAGCUGGCUACGCGGCCCGUCACGGCCUGCAGCCGAAGGUUCAGGAUCCGAGAAUCCUGACUACGUCCGUCCCGGCGUUGGUCCCGAAUCUUCGCGACCAGCAGAGCAAGCUAGUGGACGACCGCAUAGUCACGUGGCAAGCAGCAGAACCUUAGUAACAAUAUUGACACGGUACGCGGCUGGCGAGUCAAAGUGGCCCAUUGCGGACGACGAGGCCUACGGUUUCCGCGGCGAUUUCCACGGCGAGAUCCGCAGCUAUGGCUUCGACAACGGCGGCGAGUACAUCGACGGUGAUUAUGGUCCAUCUGAGUACGGCAGCCACGAGUGCAACACAGACAAGCACGCGCUGAGAUUCGUGGAUGUCGCGGCGGCGUUCCCGAGCUUGUCGCGAUGA